GAGAGAAAGAGAGAGAGAAGAGCGAAUAGCAAUUUAAACAUAACCUGACAUAACCUCAACUUCUGUCGUGACUGUAGGGGAUAUAUAUUAAUAAUUUGUUCUAUUAAUAAUACUUAAUAAUAAAAAUAUAGACUAUCUAUUGAGAAAAAUAUAAUAAAAUGUGUGAAUUUUGCUAUAGAUUUCAAGAAAGCAUAAAAAAUAACAAAUAACUUUAAUAUAUAAUUUUUGACAGGUGUUAUUGUUAGUUAUUUAUCUACAUCAGUUACUUAUUCUGAAAGGCUCCAAAUGGCACCAUUAACGGAUUUAAUUUCCUGCAGUGUAAUAGAGAAAGAUUGUAAUGGAGAUGUCUUGUGGACAUGGUCGUAUCCAGCAAUCACGGAAUCUCAGAAGACUGUAGUCACGAGGAAAUGCAAUUUGAAAUUGGAGCAUACGUCAUCUCCUCACGUAUUCGUAUGCGCGAGACACGGCCACGACUGGUUCUACAUACAUUGCAGCGAAGUAUUCGACUCUGACAAACUACCGAAAGUAAAACAGUUUGCAUUGGUUCUCUUCGCAAAGGACUUCAACCCACAAAAGUAUGAAGUGCUCUCGCGGGUCCUCAGCAAGAUGUACUGCAAAACUGGAAAACCCACGGAGAUUUUGCAGCUGUACCUAUCUGUAUUCACGAAGGGAUCCUGUUCGACGCAGGAGAACGGAACGUUUGUCUCUGACGAUUUCAAUACUCAUCGUUUCGCAGCUAGCACCAAUGUCAAAGAACUGAUUAAAACAUUCGAAUUGGAAACGAUUUUGAUAUAUACCGCCCUCUUGUUGAAAAAGAAGAUUAUUGUAUAUCAUCACAGCUUGGAGCAACUUCUUAAGUGGAUAAGAACUUUCCCUGCGUUGAUGAAACACAGGAAAGUUACUGACAAUCUUUUUCCCUGGAUUGAUUUGGUAAACGACGAGUUAAUCGAAUUGAAGAAAUAUUCGCACUAUGUGGCAGGCUGCAGUAACAGCUCGAUAUCAUCAAGAAUAGAUCUGUACGACCUACUUGUGAAUAUUCCUGCUAGAGAAAUUACUGUAGCACCGCAUGCCAAAGAAAGUCUUACAAUGACGAAAACCCACAAGGAAAUAGCCCUGUUCAUGGUUCAACUGUGCGAAAAUCAAAACUACACGGAGGCCCAGGUUAUAUCCGAGAUAAGUGACAAAACACAGGAUCUUCUAAAUCAGUUAACUUCGUUAGCGACAGUGCAAGCUCCGGAUGGCAAAAGAAUGAUCUCCGUCGAGAUAUUUAGGGAGAAAAAUUUGGCGCCGGCUGUAGAAAGUUUUCUUAUUAAUUUAGCCAUUGCCGAAAAUCUCUUUGUGUUAUGAUAAUUUUAUGAAUCAAAGUCCUUAAACAUGUUAACACUCUGCGAGGAAUGAGAAUAAGGAAUAAAAUGUAUCUAUUUCUUGUCAUAUUUUGUCAUAUAUUAUAAUAUAAUUAAGCAUUCAUAUCGUUUGCUACUUUGUUAUAUUCUAUCAAUUUUAUGUUUCAUUCAGAACUUCUUAUUCGACGGGCUUAAUUUUCGAUAUUGUUAAUUAUGUUUUUAAGAAAUAUUAAUAUAUGUAAAAUAAAAUCUA